AACAAGAUGGCGCCGGUCGGAAAGACGGGAAUGUUAGAAGUUUACAUUCGACAGCAAUGGUGUCGAGUAUUUGUGACUUUAGCGGACGAUGCGCUAGUUCUAAGCCUAGACGAUACACCACAGAACACACAGUUAGUCAACGGAUCUUUGGAUUUACAAAACAACCGGUCAAAAUCGGAAAGCGAUGCAAGCCUCCAAAAUCGGGAUCUUCCAGAAAGCAUUGCAGGGCAAAAAAGGGUGGUACGGGUUUCAAAGGAGGAACAAAAUGGACUUGGAAUCAGUAUUAAAGGAGGCAAAGAGAAUAAAAUGCCAAUUUUAAUAAGUAAAAUAUUCAAAAGCAUGGCAGCAGACAAAACUGAAAAACUUUAUGUCGGUGAUGCGAUUCUCUCUGUAAAUAAUGAAGACCUUCGAGAGGCAACUCAUGAUGAGGCUGUUCGCGCACUCAAGCGUGCUGGAAAAACUGUUGAUUUAGAAGUGAAAUAUUUACGGGAAGUGACACCCUAUUUCCGCAAGUCAUCUGCACUCAAUGACCUCGGAUGGGGGACCCCUGAGGGAUCAAAAGGAGAUCGCAACAGUCAAGUCUCGGAAAAAAAGACAAUACCAUUAAGACUAUGUUAUUUAUGUCGAAACCUAACAAUGCCUGAUUCGGAAAAUAGGACAAUUGAAUUACACAGUCCCGAUGCUAAAAGUUCAUGUAUAUUACGGUGCCCGGAUGAACAAACUAUGUCAGAGUGGUUUCAUAAUUUACAUUCAAAUAUUGAGUUGCUUACACAUAUAGCCAUGGCGGAAGUGAAUCAGAAUAUAGGGGGAGGUACUCCCAGAGAGAUUAAACACAUGGGAUGGUUGGCUGAACAGAUACAUAAUGAACAAGGAAAUCCAACUUGGAAACCAGUAUUUGCAGCAAUUACAGAGAAAGACCUUUUGUUGUUUAAUGCAGCGCCAUGGCAACGAGAAGAUUGGUCAAAACCAUUUCAAAGUCAUCCACUUUUGUCAACAAGAGUAGCGCACGUUGGUAGACCACUAACCCCAUCUGGUGAGGAUGAGACAGGAAUUUUGGCGGCAAAAACUGUUGGGGAUGAUGGAAAGGAAAAAGACAUCUUUAGAUUAGUUCACUCAGGAAAGCAUAUAACACCAAUGGGCAACAGUGAUAUCCUGACAUUUGGUACAAGGACUGGUUCACGCCAGGGUGUUGAAGCUCAUGUAUUUCGUGUAGGGACCCAGAAGGAUCUAUCAUCGUGGUCUCGGGCAUUUAUCAAUGGUGCCCAUAGUGCAGCUGUACUUGCCAAAGAAAUAACAUGUGCCGCAACUUGGCAAAACCAAGACUGCCGAUUAACACUCCAUUUUGAGAAUGGGUUUAGUCUUAUCAAUCCCAAAAAUGGUGGCCAGGACAAAAGAAGCUCGAAUAUUAUUUGGGCACAUCCUUACGAGAAGUUGCGAAUGUCAGCAGACGAUGGAAAUCGUUUGCUAUGGCUCGAUUUUGGGGAUGAAGGGGAGCAGGAACUAGACCUCCAUGGUUGCCCUAAGCCAAUAGUCUUCGUACUGCACACAUUUUUAUCUGCAAAGGUCCACAGACUCGGACUCCUAGCGUAGUCAAAUUCUGGUAUAGUCAGAUCAUGGCAUAGUCAGAUCAUAGCAGCCAAAUUCUAGCAUAGCUGAUUCCACAGACUGUCUCCUAACAUAGUCAAAUUCAGUCAUAGUCAGAUCCUGGCAUAGUCAGAUCCUGGCAUAGUCAGAUGAUGGCGGUCAGAUCCUAGCAUAGCUGAAUUUUGGCAUAGUCAGGUUCCUACAAUAUCAGAUUUAUGGCAAAGUCAGAUGCUGUGAAAAAGGACUUUAAGCAAUAUUGUAUGGAUCAUGAAUAUUUCAUUGAAUCAGAUUACACCAGGAGGAAUAAAGUAGGUCAAAAGAUUUCAAAAAAUUGUGUUAAAUAGACGCAAAAAUGUCCAGAGCAAGUGCAAAUUAUACAAUAUACAACAAGAAUAUUGUACAAGAUAUCCAAGAUACCAAUAGUCAGAUAAAUGUCAUACAGAAGUGUCAUAUCCAAUGGCUGUCCAUAUAAGGCAGUGUUUUGCCAUAAUGAAGCACUGACUCCAAGUACAUGUAGAUACAUCUAACACUACCUUAAAAUACUCAUACCAUAUGUUUGUUUUAUAUUAUGUUGUACCACAUAUGGUCUUGCAUCAUAUAGAGUUGGACCAUUAUAUACAGUGUAAUACCAUGUAAGGAGUUGUACCAUACACAGUACCAUAUACAUACUUACCAUAUAUGGACUUAAAAUGGUGUUGUUUCAUAUUAGAGUUAAGAACAUAUAUGGUUAUACAAGAACAUAAAAGUUCAGAAAAAUUUCCUAAUUGUUUUCUCGUUUUGUACCACAAAUAAGAAUUGAAUGCCUAUGGCAGAAUAAGAUGCAAUUGAUGUUUUGCAUCAAAAAUUGCCUCAAUAUUGCCUCAAUUUUUUUCUACUGAGUAUAAAUAAAUGUGCAAUUUAUCAUCGAAGAGAUCAUUUACUUUAUCAUGAGAGUUCAGAUUUGGGCUUACAUUCAAACCAGUGAUAUUACCAAUGUUAGAUUGUGCUGUAUAGUCUUAUAUACCAAAGACACAUAUAGCAUUGAUAGUCUUGUAUCAUGCCUGCAUCCCCCCCCCUUACUUCUAUUUAUAAAUCAAUGUUUCAGAUAGUGAAACCGAAGGGGGUUAAUACGUGGGAGUAACCAAAGAAGUUUUAAUUCAAAACUUGAAUCGGGUCAUGCUCUCCAUCCCCAUCCUUCCAUCAUUCCCCCUUCCUCAAUCAUUCCUCCCCCAGGAGUGAUAAGGGAUGAAGGGGGAUUUGAAACACUCAGUGCUUUACAGUUGUACUUCUAGUCUUGAUUUGAGUAUCUCAUCUGCCAUUUUCCAAUUUUCUAUUAAUGCACACAUGAUUUAGGGGUGCGUAUCGCAAAAUAUUGAUGCAAGACUAGCCCAAUGCAAACAGUAAAUAUAUAAUCUCCAAAUGGAGAGGCCAGGUAUAUGGAAGGAACAAGUUGAUGAUGUCUGACUCCUGCAUCUGGGGAAUGAUCAAUUUUAGCAUUAUUUAAUAACGUAUUGUAUAUAAAAAUUAUUUUAAUCUGGUAAAGAUAGAAUAUGCAUAGAUUGUAUAGACCUAUUGUACAUUGUGAUGACCUAUUGUAUUGUACUUAAGUUAGUAGAGACCUAUUGUAUUUAAGUGAAUAGUACAGGAGAAUCACAAGCCAUUAUUUCCAAUCAGAACAAUACCAGUAUCUCAUUGAAAAAUAUUCAGAUAUUUGAACAGAAUAAAGCUGGUAUUUCAUGUCAUAUUUAAAUUUUAAUAGUACAUCUUGUGUUAUGUAUUUAUCAAUUAUUAUUGUUUAUGUAUAUAUGUUUAGUAAGUAGAAUGUACUUCAGGGUCCAAUAAGUUAAUGGAAAAUACGAUACUUACCCACAAUUUUUUAGUAUUAUAUUGUGUUUAUGAUGGGAGAGGGGGAUUUUUAAAAUUCUUGCAUAUUUACAUUAUUACAUUAUACUGGGACCAUAACUGAAUUGUUCAAAAUGUGGACAUUAAGCUGUGACCAAAAUGUUGCUUAAAACGGUUAUUAAACAAAAUAUUAUUGAAACUUUUGUGUAGUGAUACUGAAACAGAACUUCACCACUCACAUUUAUAUUUUUAUUUUUUUGAAGUCAAAAACACUUACAUCAAUGAAAUAACUAAUUUAAGUUUCUUUUUUUUGAAGAUUUUAUUUGUCACUCUUGUAUUGCCUAAUUUUGUAGUUUUAGAGUGUUUUCCGCAAACUUAUUGGUCACCCUCGUAUGUGCAAACAAAGGUCCUUAUGUAUUCCUUUUUAUUUGUGACCACAUAUUCAUAUUGCAUAUAAACUCUCAGGUAGUGAAUAAUGUAAAAAUAUUCAAGUAUUAUCUAAUGCAUGUUGACGUUAAAGUGAUUCUUUUGAGAAAAAUUUGCACAAUUUUGGCAGUUUUUCGACUCGAGACAAAAGAUACAUCAAAAUAAAAUUGAGGAGAUAUUUCUCUUCUGUCAGUGCUUUGACUGCAAUAUUUUGACCAAUUUGGAAAGCAUUUAUCAAGAUAUUUCGACACAUGUCCACAUUAUUUUGACAUGUACUGUAUUAGGAAUAUUUUAAAUUUGUAUUGAUACAACUUUCUCUGAGUACGAGAAAGCAUAAAUUUACUAAGAAUUAAAAUAUGAAAAGAAAUAAAAAUAUCUUUGAAAACUGUGCAGUUUUUCUCAAGUGGAUACUCUAUUUAUUAUGGGAGUCAUGGGAAAAAUGUAACAUGUGAAUGUGUGUUGAAUUCAUGAAUGGCAUGUUUCUAACCAUUGUGGCAGCUCUAAAAAAAUGUCACAUAAUUACCCAAAUACAUGACAUUUUAAUAUAUACUCCCAGGAAAUAUCUAAUUGUUAGAGAUUUUCCAGUUAGGUGAUUUAGAAAACAGAAAAAUGUAAAAUAAAAAUGUAAAUAUAAAUUAUAGAAUAACCUGACAAUUCAGAGUUUUAGAAGUGUAUAACAAACUUGAAGGAUAUACUUAAAAAUGAAAAACGACAUUUUACUCAUGAGUUGAGUUCAACCAAUCAAAAUUGAGGGAUAACACAAAGUACACAUUCUCCGAGUAUAUUUUAUUGAGCAAGGUAAAAUACUAGAAGAAAUGAAAUUAUUUGGAGAAUAGUACAAUUGUGUUUUAUCAUUUUAUAAAAGAGUGGCUUAGAUUUAGAUUUCAUACCUAAAUGUACAUCAUCUAUAUGUUAAUUAUCUAUGAAAUACAGAAAUAGGAAAUUAUACUAUUAAAUUAGAUGUUUUCUUUCGUGUUCAUAUUUGGGUUUUUUCAAACACAGUUUUUUUUAUCUCAUCAAUUUUUUAUUUGAGUGGGGUUCAUUAGUCUCAAAA